CUUCCGUUACUUUCCGAAAGGUGUCUUCAUACUUUUCCGUAAUUCUUCGUCGACUCACGAAACUGUCUUCGUAUGGCGCCACGAGCGGGAUAACUCAGUCAGUCAGCCGCGAGCCGCGGUGAACUGAAGGUGUGGUGAGUGUUUCUGUGGGCCGACGGGCCAAAAAUGGCGGAGCGUACGAAGACGACAGCCCCGGCCACCCGGCCCGUUCCCAUGAAGCUGUUUGCCACUUGGGAAGUGGAUUGUACUGCACCGAACUGUAUACCCAGGCUGUGCUCCUUGACCCUGACCCGUCUGGUGAUUUUACGGCCAUUAGGCUCUGAUUUAACCUCGAUCAGCAUCGCGGUGAAGAUGCAGAGCUCGAAGAGAACUCUACGUUCGAAUGAGAUGGCCAUCCCCAGCGGUGGCAUGCUGGACACUGAACUCGAGCUCCAAUUCGCUCUUCAGUAUCCACAUUUCCUCAAGAGGGACGGCAACAAACUGCUGAUACAGCUUCAGAGGAGAAAACGCUAUAAAAAUCGCACGAUGCUCGGAUACAAGACUCUAGCUGAGGGAGUGAUCAAUAUGGCUCAGGUUCUCCAGAAGCAGAUGGACCUGGAGUUGGAGCUGGUGUCGGACAAGGCUGAGAAAUAUGGCGGACAUUCGGUCGCAUUGGCUCGCGUGAGCGUUGUCGCUCUCAGCUCUCAGCCGGUCGACCAGGACAAAAGACUGAACGACCCGAAUGAGAGGCUCUGUCCCGAAUAUAGCGACGAGGAGGAAGAGUUCAGCUCAGAAGGCGAGGCGGAAGGCAGUGACAGCGAGCCGACUCUCGAGAUGCACAGGCGGAAGAGUCGGGGAAAGAUUCCGACGAAUGCCAGGGUAUCAAAGAAUUUAAAGCAAAAGUUCAUAGCUCUGCUAAAAAGGCGGUUCAGGGUAUCCGAGGAUUUGGAUCAAGAUCAAGAGGAAAUCGGGCAGAAGCUUUCAGAGUCGUUAACUGGAUUUGUUAAAGGCGCAGAGAUGGAAAUCGAAGAACUGUUCGAUGAACUGGAAGAUUUGUCCGACAGUGGUCCAGAAUUGGACACCAUGUCGGUCAGUAGCACACCCAAGCCAUCCCUUCGACCUUUCUUCAGUUCUAGUCGAUCUCUCCUCGCUCCUCCUCAUUCUGUAGUAACCAACGAGGAGACCGGAAGUACUCCUGCGACAGCCAUAGGUCAACAGAGUGCAGGUCAGCCAGCUAAAGAGAAACAUCGUAUCGGACAUACUACUCCAGAGCGCGGAGUGGAUAGGCAAAGUGACGAUAGUUCCCGAAGAGCGGACAGCGAUUCACAUCCGGAGAAUUGGACAGAUCACGAGGCGAACGAUCCUCCGAAUUAUGUGACGGGUUCGCCACCGAAAUCAGAGCAGCACAACAAGACCGAGAGCUCCGACAAAAGAAGCAGGCUUUUUACCCGUGACAGAGGUGCACCAGGUACCAACAAAUCUAAAAAGCAUAGCCUCAGCGUGGAUCUGAAACCUCCAGCUGACUUGAAUAGUUCCGAGCCAAGAAAAGCGUUGGUUGAGCAAUUAAGCCGGGUUUUACCGGAUGACAGUUUGCCGGAUGCUGUGUCGUUGGUAUCGUUAGCUGAUCCAGGUGCGGCUGUUCUAGCUACGAGACUUCAAGAAAGGAAUCACAGAGUUCUGACGACAGCUUCUCCAGCAGACAUUCGUGCCACAUUCACGUGUUUGGUCACGCGAAUACAAAAAUUUUGUAACAGUUCCGCUAAACCACCAGCACCGAUCAAAGUAGUGAUCGCUGGUGGAGAUAGUUUCAUAAACGCAGUGCUUCGCCACUACGUGGAUCAGUUAAGUUUUCGACCGCAGAAUUAUCUGAAAUUCUUCGUCGUACCUCUUGGUUCGAAUACAUUGUCUAAGUACCUUAGCUCAAUAGAUGCAAAAUACUCGAUGUUAUUUGGCGACGAGUGGAAAGAAUUGUUGGAAAGAGAGGGUGGUGGCGCAAGCGAGGGUGCGGCUAGGGUUUCCGAGUAUUUGGCAACGGCUGGUACAACCUUGUUGCUACCUAUUGCAGAAGCCAUGGUUACAUACAGAGAAACAGACGAUAGCAGCCAAAUCUUCAUCCCAUUCAUAAACGAUGUUCGCGUGGGAUGUCCGGAUAGUAGUUCCUCCGCAUCGGUCGAUCUAGAAGAGAGCAAUGUAACCAUGUCUGGCUCACCGCCUUCUCUGCCACCUCCUGGAUUACCUAUUCCACUUCCGGGUAGAUUAACACCACCCAGUAGUCCGAACGUUGGUCAACCGACGAGGGAAGGCUGGGAACCGGUUGAGUUACAACUCGAUUAUUGGAGCAAACAUACACAGGGUGAAAAGGGCAAGAAUACAUUGAGACAGGCGUUCAGGGCGUUGCACGUUCAAAGACUUCCGCCUCAUGGAGAGACUCCUGGUCAUUAUUUAUCCAUGAAUUACACAACAAAGGAGAAAAAACAAAAAAUAAUGAGAUUGGGCAAAAAGAAAGAAAAAGAAAAAGAAAACGAGCCAAAGAGUCAAACGGUCGAAGGCGUGACACGACUUAUAUGCUCUGCGAAGACUCACAACAUUCCAUUAAGAGUGAGUAUUGAUGGUACCGAAUGGUACGGUGUGAAAUUCUUCCAACUGUCGGCGCAGUGGCAAACGCACAUCAAGACGUUCCCGAUAGCCAUGUUGGAGUACAGUCCUCAGCAGCAGAACCCCAACACCACGUAAAUAUUUUCCUCGUUUCCGUCAGAGGCCAGACGUUUUGCCAGAUUUCGUUUGUGUUCAUGGAUAUUGCCAAUUAGGAUCAUCAGCUUAGCUUAUCGCGCAAUACCCGAUAACCAUCAAAUCCUCGAAAUUGAAAGAAAAAAAAAAAAAAUCACAAUAAAGAGACAUAGUGCGAUAGAAUUCAAGUUUAUACUGUGGACAAUCUGCUACUUUAAAACCGGAAGUCGUUGGAGCUAAUUCAGGCAAGUAUUUGAAUGCUGCCUUUCGUUCCGAGUUUAAUUAUUCUCUACCAAUUAACAUUGUCUCUCUUUAUCCUUCGAUUACACUCUAACUACUGUUUCUUUUUAUUUCCAAUCAAAAUCUGAAAUUUAUUUUUCAAAAAAAAAAAAAAAAAUUCUCUUGUUUUAAUCUCCAAACAAAAAAAAAUUCUUCUUGCGUAAAAAUUGCCAAGAGUACGCGAGUAGCAAUUGUUACUUCAAACUGAAGUGUAUUGAAACAGUGGUAGGCAUGGUUAACACAUAUCGUAUUAGAAUUAAUAUAGAUAAUUCGAUAAUGGAUUUCGUUGGUUAUGGGAAUGCCACAAACGUAGUAAUGGAAACAUGUCUUUUUGAACAUGAUAUCUAAAAGCAGAAGCAUACACGUCUGAUACGAUAAUCGAUUUUUCUUAAAAAGGGGAAAACAUGUAUGAAUCGUAUUGUAACGAUUAAUAUAAAGGAUUCGUUCGAAUCAGAUCCAUCUCCCCUAAUUCCCUCCCGUCGACGCGUGUAUAUAUAGGAUUUUAUAAAGGACGAGAAUAGAAAAAUCGAUCGAUUUCGCUGCAAGUCGAAAUACAUAUAUAUACAUAUUUGCUAAUAUAGAUCUUCGUCUGAAUCGCAAGGUAGCGAGCAAAGAUUAAACGUUAAAUUAUGUAUUUAUUUAAUUAACGUGUAUUCUAUAUACAUAUAUAUAUAUAUAUAUUAUAUAUACGAUCGCAUAUAGCAAUGGAGCAUAGAGCGACGUUAUUGAAAAAAAGUCUGUGAUACAGGCAAACAUUUCUCUUAGCGCACAAACAUGUUGUUUAGAGAAAGAUGACUGUGUAUAGUGAUUUCGCUGAUUUAAACGAGAAUAAUCGAAGGGAAAAAUCUUCUUUGAAAAUAAAUAAAGGGAAAUAAAAGAGAAGUGGAAAAGAAAAAAAAAAGAUAAUACGACGAUGACGAUGAUGACACAAUGAUGAAUAGCUCAUAAUUAUUAUACUCCUUUUCUCGUUUAAGAUUUCGAAAUAUUUUUUGUAUUCCAUUUUAUAGAUUUUUAGCCCCAGGCUGCUCUAGUUUAAAUACUCUAUUUUCAGACUUUAUCAUUUAAAUAUUUUAUUCCCGUUAGAGACAAUUUUCUGACUCCUGACUCUUCGAUAUAAUAUACAGUAUACUCAUUUACGUAUUAUUAUUUAGAAGUUAGGGAAAGAAAAAGUGUGAGAAAGUGAAUAAAUAAUAGAAAUUAUUCAUAAAGACAUAAACAAAGAUAUUAAAAAGAAAAGUAUCGAAUGACUAUGUUUCCCUCGUAAUAUUAAGAUGAAAAACAACUGAAAAAAAAAAAAAAUGUGAAAAACAUAAUCAAAAUAUUCGUGGUGCGUUUUCCUCUUUGUUUUUAUUAUUAUUUUUAUUAAUUAUUCCUUCUUAUUGUUACAAAUCAACGACCCAUUAAGCGAGUUAUGAGUCGAUUAUUUUAUAAUUCUUCUUGUUCUUAAAAAAAAAAAGAAAAAAAAGAAAAAAGAGUCAUAUCAUGAGAAACGAUAGAAACUAACGAAUAAUUAAUAUUGUCUUAGGAAAAUUGAAAAGAAAAUAUAUGACUAAAUAUAAUUUGCAUGUAACGUACUUUUCGAUUUCUUCCUUUUUUAUCUAACUGCAAAGGAAAUGAAGAAAAAAUAAGAAACAACAAAACAAUUUGUAGUUCAUCAUUUCCAGCGACAUAUAUGUAAAUGCGUCGCGUUGACUGCCUAAUGCCAAAUCGAAAAAACGAAAACAGAAAUACAGAAAGAAGAAAUAGAGAGAGAAAAAAAAGGAAAGAAUCAUUUACUUGAUUAUUGUUUCAAUAAAUUAAAAAAAAAGAAAGACUUUAGAACGCAGGCAUUCUAUGUAAUAAAUAUAUA